AUGAAGUUGUUGGCUGUCCUGUUCGCUGUUCUGGCCGUUGUCCUGAUGACCGCCAAUCCUGUCUUUGGAAAUGUGGUGCAGUGUCCACCCACCGGUGACGCAGCCCAGCAGGGCACCUACCCAAUCACUGAAUUAAUGCGAAACGGAAAAGCCCCUGUUUAUAACACUGGAAGAAGGGGCUAA